UGCAAAUUAAACCGUAGAGACGAAGAUGGCGACAUCAAUGGCCAACAGCAGCAAAGUGAUAAGCUUGAAGCUUCUUGUAGACAAGAGCUCUAACAAGGUGCUGUUCGCAGAGGCCGGAAAGGAAUUCGUGGACUUCCUCUUCGGACUCUUACAGAUACCUCUCGGUUCCAUAAUGGGGCUUCUUUGGAAUCAUGGCAUAGCUGGGUCAGCUGGUUCGUUGAGUAGAAUCUAUGGGAGUGUCCAAAACCUUGACCCCACCUAUCUUCUCCAAACCAAGGAUGCUCUCUUGAAGCCUAAACCAGUCUUUCCACCAAACACUCUUACGCCUCCGUUGUUGCUAAACUUCGUACCACCAAAACCAGAGACCGGAGUUAAAAAUUUAUCUCCGUUCGGCUUCCCGGCCUUCUCCAGUUCUGUUGUUAUCAGCUCUCCGUCCGGCGGACAGUUUGAGAUUCCCGCCAGUAGUUCUGCUCCUGGUUAUAAUCCGGUGGUUGAACAAAAGGAGACAGGGUAUGUGAGAGGUGUCGUGACAUAUAUGGUGAUGGAUGAUUUGACGGUGGAACCCAUGUCAACCAUUUCUAGCAUCACCCUUCUCAAUACCUUCAACGUAAAAGAUGUCAGUUUCCUCCGGGAGAAGAUGGUGAAUGUUGACAUAAAGAAGGGCUUGGAGAUGGUGAAGGCUUCAUUUGGGUCAACCACAGUCCUUACAGAUGUUUUCCUUGAGGAGGUUAUGAUCUGUUUGGCAACAUAGUAGAAUUAGAAUUCUUCUCCAUUCUUCUCUACUCUUUUCAAAGACAAAUAUUCCUUGGUUCUCUUCGUAAAGGGGGGAUUUGCCUUGUGAUUUGUGAAAGCACUGGAAGGUGGUUCUAGUCGUUGUAGUUUUCUCUCUUCUUCUUAAAUAAUUAAGUGUUAAUCGGUUUCAAUGUAA